CAGCGUGGGUGGCUGUCGGGCAUUCGCGUCGCGCCAACAGCCGGGGCGGAGCUGGUGACUCGGCUGUCAUCUCCAAUCCACUCCCAGGGACGCGCGCGAGGCCUCUCCAGCCCAGCUUGCCCGGUCGCUCGGGGGUCGGGCUACUUCACAGACAUUAUCAGUUUCUGACUGUUUGGAAGUGAAGCACCACUUAAAAUCGCUCCAACUCCUGAUUCCAAAGAAGUGGUAACUUUUUUCUGAUCAAGAAAAUAAGUGACUGACUCUGUAUUAUAAAUAUUCUGGAACUGGUUCUGUUUUCCUCCCUGAAUUUGGAGAACUAUGGAACAGUGGUCCUGGAUGACAGUAGUAGUCUUAAUAGGACUAACAGUACGAUGGACAGUUUCUCUUAAUUCUUAUUCAGGUGCUGGAAAACCCCCUAUGUUUGGUGAUUAUGAAGCUCAGAGACACUGGCAAGAAAUUACUUUUAAUUUACCGAUCAAACAAUGGUAUUUUAACAGCAGUGAUAACAAUUUACUGUAUUGGGGAUUGGAUUACCCACCUCUCACAGCUUAUCAUAGUCUCUUGUGCGCAUAUGUGGCAAAGCUUAUAAAUCCAGACUGGAUUGCUCUCCAUACAUCACGUGGAUAUGAGAGUCAGGCACAUAAGCUCUUCAUGCGUACAACAGUUUUUAUUGCUGAUUUGCUGAUUUAUAUACCUGCAGUGAUUUUGUACUGUUGUUGUUUAAAAGCUAUCUCAACUAAGAAAAAGAUUGCUAAUGCAUUAUGCAUAUUACUGUAUCCAGGUCUUAUUCUCAUCGACUAUGGACAUUUUCAAUAUAAUUCUGUGAGUCUGGGCUUUGCUUUGUGGGGUGUUCUUGGAGUAUCUUAUGACUGGGACCUGCUAGGGUCACUGGCAUUUUGUUUAGCUAUAAAUUAUAAACAGAUGGAACUUUACCAUUCCUUGCCAUUUUUUUGCUUUUUACUUGGCAAGUGUUUAAAAAAAGGCCUCAAAGGAAAAGGGUUCAGGUUGUUAGUUAAGCUAGCUUGUACCGUUGUGGCUUCAUUCAUUCUCUGCUGGCUGCCAUUCUUUACAGAAAGGGAACAAGCCUUGCAGGUCCUAAGAAGACUCUUCCCAGUUGAUCGUGGAUUAUUUGAGGAUAAAGUAGCCAAUAUUUGGUGCAGCCUCAGUGUUUUUCUGAAGAUUAAGGACAUUUUGCCACGACACACUCAGAUAAUAAUCAGCUUUUGUUUUACAUUUUUGAGCUUGCUUCCUGCAUGUAUAAAAUUAAUACUUCAUCCCUCUCCCAGAGGAUUCAGAUUUACUCUGGUUAGCUGUGCAUUAUCAUUCUUUUUAUUUUCUUUCCAAGUACAUGAAAAGUCCGUUCUCUUGGUAUCAUUACCAGUUUGCUUAGUUUUAAAUGAAAUUCCUUUUAUGUCUACUUGGUUUUUACUUGUGUCAACAUUUAGUAUGCUACCUCUUCUAUUAAAGGAUGAGCUCCUAAUGCCCUCCUUUGUGACAGUGAUGGCAUUUUUUAUAGCUUGUGCAACUUUCUUUCCAAUAUUUGAAAAGAUGUCUGAAGAAGAACUGCAGUUAAAAUCUUUUUCCAUUUCUAUAAGGAAAUAUCUUCCACGUUUUACAUUUCUUCCCAGAAUUAUACAACAUUUGUUUCUGACCUCAGUGAUCUUUAUGGUCCUUCUGACGCUGAUGAUUGUCACACUGGAUCCUCCUCAGAAAUUACCAGAUUUAUUCUCUGUAUUGGUGUGUUUUGUAUCCUGUUUGAACUUCCUGUUCUUCUUGGUAUACUUCAACAUUAUAAUCAUAUGGGAUUCCAAAAAUGGAAGAAAUCGGAAGAAAAUCAACUAGCUAUAUUCCCAAACAAAUGUGAACUUUUUGUAAUGUAUAAAUGAAAUUGUUAUUUUGAGAAUCAUGGAAUAGAAAAAGAAAUGAUGAAAAGUCAUUGUUUCUCCACAACAUAAAUGUAUUUUGGGACCAAAGACCAAUGGAGGCUUUUAUUUUCUAAAUAUUGUUGGGCCAAAGCAUAUUGUAGUUUUUAUUAAUAUUCAGUUAUUUAAUUAGUUAAAAAAGUCCUUAGUCCCAAGAUUUACUUAGAAAAUGUACUCUAUAAAUGAUGUCUUGAGAAAAAAUCUGCAAAUAGCUUAAUGGGAGAACCAAACCCCGUCUUUAAAGGAAACCACUAAUUUUGGCAUUCAGAUUUAGUUUUCUUUGCAUUGUUAUCUCAGGGAAUUUGAUCUUCUUUUUAAUUGCUGAGGCCAAUUAAACUGCUUGAUGUCAAAUUUACAAAUUUGAAGUUGUUUUUAAUAAGGUGAAUAGAUUCUUAUUAAUUUCCAAGAAUGUAGAUUUACUUGAAUGCAUUUAAAAAAUGAUUUUUCCUGAAUUUAAAUCCCAAUUAUUCUGAAGUUUCUUAAGCUACUCAUGAACACUAGUUCUAAUGUUUUCUAGCAUCAUUCUAUUUAAAGUUAAACACCUGGUUCAAGGUUACUUACCACUGGCAUAAGCAUUGAUUCAAAUCAUACUUCCUGUUAAUUUUAUCCCUCUAUUAUCAGAAUCUCUAUUUACUAUAGUAUUCAAUUGGUAAAAGUAUUAUAUCCGUGUUGUAUUUUCUCAUAUAAAUAUGUUCUCUUCAGUCUCUAUGAUAAAAAUAAACCAAGUUUACCAUUAA